GACACGCUGUGCUCUCUCCUCUCCCCCAAGCUGCUGGCACUCCUGUCUCGUCGAAGCGUCCAAGGGUCGGGUGCGUCUGCCCCUCCCUCGUCGAGCCGGCAUUACAGGGCUCCCGGAGUAGGGGCCGCAGCCGCGCUGCUCUCCCUGGAGCCGGACCUGAUUCGCCGGUCUGGAAACGGCCGGCAGCGUUCACGAGAGCUCCGCAACGAAGUGCUGAGGAAGGGCUGGGGCCGUCCGUGCUCGGCAGCGGGGCAGAGUCGGCUUGCAGGAACAGCAGUUCUUGCAAUUGGAUUAUGGCUUCGGUUUGAUGUGCAGACCAAAAGCAUCUUUGAACUGGAAUCCAACAACAUGACAUUCUAUACAGGAGUUUACAUCCUAAUUGGAGCUGGUGCACUCAUGAUGCUGGUUGGCUUCUUGGGAUGCUGUGGUGCAUUGCAGGAAUCACAGUGUAUGCUUGGACUGUUCUUCAUCUUCCUCUUUGUGAUUUUUGCCCUUGAAAUUGCUACUGCCGUCUGGGGAUUUGCAAAUAAAGAAAAGGUUGUUGAAGAGUUACAGGAUUUCUACAGAGAAACCUAUGAAAAGAGAUCUCAACCAGCUGCCAGAGAAACCUUGAAAGCAUUCCAUUUUGCUCUGAACUGCUGUGGUAUUACUGGAGGUUUUGAGCAGCAGUUGAUGGACACCUGUCCAAAGAAGACCUUGCCUGAGUCACUUACUACAAUGCCAUGUCCUAAAGCCAUUGAUGAUGUCUUUAAUUCAAAACUGAAUGUCAUUGGAGUGGUUGGCCUUGGUAUUGCUGUGAUAAUGAUUUUUGGCAUGAUAUUCAGUAUGGUUCUUUGCUGUGCUAUCCGCAGAAACAGAGAAGUGGUCUAAGAACUGUAAAUCCAAGGUGUCUGCACUAUAAAAUAUGUCAUUAUCUCUAGUGUUCUUAAACCAUUUCUAAAAGAAAAUUGUAUGUUACCUUUUUAAUGCUUUAUUUGGUACUGAUGUAGGUUUGCUUUCUAUGCUAUAGGUUAAAAUGAUAAAGUUAUAUUUGACUCAAGAUGAAUAUGUACACAAAGCAUCUGUUUUUCUUGAAACUUAAAUAAUUUCGAUAUAUUUAUGUUUAAGGCAAUUUGAUACUUAAUAAAGGGUAAUAUCUAUUUUAUGUUUGAAGAAAAUCAUUGAUGGGGCAGAGCCUGAUUGUAUGGGGUUUUGAGCAAUCUGGUCAAGUGAGAGAUGUCCCUGCCCAUGGCAGGGGUUGGAAGUAUAUGUUCUUUAAAGGUCUUUUCCAACCCAAACCAUUCAGUGAUUUUAUGUUUAUGUCAAUGUAAUUUUAGAAGACAAUUCCAAAGAAUGCAAAGAUCUUUCAUGAUUUGCUUUGUUGGUACAUAUUGUGGAAGGUCUCAUAAUUUCUGCCUUUUUCAGUGCAUGAACAAAACCAGUUAUUAAUUAUAUUUUUCUUACUGCUGCAACGUCAUCUUCAUAUAGGAUGUUAAAGGAUAAGUGUCAUACUGAUGAUACACAGGCAAUGGUACCCUGCUGUGCUAGGCUCUGAUACCAGGUGGGCUUUCUCAGCUUGUGUCCUGGCAUAACUCUAUUCCUUGGCAUCUGACAUGGCCUCAGUGUCUUGAUAAGGCAAAUUCCUAUAGCAUGUUCUUACACGAUUUUUCUCAGUAGCUGACUUUGUGCUUUGUCCAGCCAAAACUAGUGAUGUACACAGUCUUAAGGGCCAAUCUCAAAUUCUGGGAAGGGAACACAAGUUCUACUAGAAAUUAAUGUAGUGCCCUGCAGUCCUGCUCAUAGCAGCAACUAGUACUGUGGCUAUUGUGUUUCAAACUAAAAGUAAAAAAUGGGAGAGAGCAGCUGUGUUACUGUGGAAACCCUAGCUAAAAAGUUACUAGUUUUCCUAUCCUUACAAUCUAAAUGGCCUUUAUAGUGUUUAAAAUACUUCCUGGUUGGAUACAAACACCAGAGCUUUGCCAGUUGCUGUGCUAUACGUUCUGCUGUAGCACCUCAUAUAUAUUCUUAGGAGUUUCUGGUGUUUGUCAUCUAUGUAUUUUAAAUUUUUCAUCACUUCCCACUUUUCUCUUGUAAGAAGGUUCUCUUUUGACAUAAGAAGUGUCAGAAUUGUGGAGGGUUGGGGCUCCAACUGUA